GGCAUUUGCCGCGACAAGUAGCAUGACGCUACGAAAAGCGGACCUGCUCCGGCGCAACCUGCAGCUCCUCGGGUACGAUGGCGGGCUGCAGCUGACGGCGCCAACAGAGACAGAUGUACUCUGCGCACUGCACUUCCUCUGCCUGCAGUGCGACGCCAGCUUUGAGGCCACAGCCCGCACGCUCUUCCCGCUCACGCCCAGCACCAAGACGACGUUGAAGAAGCUGCUCCAGCAGCAGCUCGAGCCGCUCGUGCUCACCAAGCGACUGCCCAUUGGCAGCAGCAACAUGUCUCGGCUGGCGGCGAUCGCGACGCAACCGACACGCGCCGUUGAUCUCUUGUGGCGGCUCUCCACCAUCGCCAUGCAGUCGCUUGCCGGGGCUCCAUCGCUGCAUAGCCCAACGCUUCAAAGCGCGCAGCUCCUUCAGACGCUCCAAGCCAAGGUCGCAAUGAAGACCCGUCAGAUUGAAGCCGCGACCCACCGCCGACGGCGCCUGCAAGCCGCCUGGCAACGCAAAGCAAACGAGAUCACACGCGACAUGGCCGCGAUCCAAGACCAAGAGCGCCACCGUCUCGCCGAGUACGCUGCGUGGAAGGACCACGUUCCGCCCGGGGUGCUUACCGAGACGGGUCAUCGCGACCGGCAAGAGACGUUCGAGAAGCUACUGCAGCAGUGGCGCGACGUCGACAGCGCCUUGGCGCAGUGCCCCGUCCAUGACUUUGCCGGCGUCCUCCAGACCGUCGAGGCGCACGCACGAGCACCGCCGGUGCUGCAGUCCAAGCACGCCGGCGGCAUCCUCGGCGCGCUUGAGGCCACCACCCGUGCAAUCCAAGCGCUACACAACACGCUCCAGGGCCGUAGCGGAGCCGCCUCACUCUCGCCCCGAGCGACCUCGACACUGGCGUCGGCUGUGGAGCAGAGCCACUUGCACGUGCUCGCUGGGUCCGCUCUUUGCGACAACAUUGCACGUUUAACCGCCGAGUUGGCGCGAGACCCGACACAAGAAUCUGACGAAGCAGGGCCGCUCUGCCCACCGACACCGAUGCUGCAGUACGACUUGACGAGCUCGGCGCGGCCGACGACUCCGCCGAGCACGACGUCGUCGGACGCGCGGCUGCGCCAAGUCACGAGCUCGAUCGAGCGACUGAGCUGGCAUGCGCGCUCGGAUCCGCAGCGAGUUGCAGACGACGACGACGAUGUGGACGUGCCGACCCAACGCGCGCUGCAGUUCUAGCUUCGUAACCGUUGGACCGUCCCAACGUGAACGCUAUCUAUGCCAUGUGGCAGACGCAGCAUAAGGACCCACCUUGUCAACGCCAAGGACCACAAGAAUACCUGCCGUGGUACAUACGUCGUGACGGUGGCAGCUGUCAACGCGAUGGUCAA